GUGACGUAGGGAGAGCGUCGCUCGCGGCGUGCGUAGGCGCAAUGACGUCAGAGGCGACAGGUAAGAGACGUUCGCAGCUGGAGGACCUCGCCGAGGAAGCUCCGCCCCCUGGGUUCUGGAGAGGGACAGGUGAAGAUUGAAGAGGAAACACCAUGAAGGACAUGGAGAUAAAGAGACUGCUUUCUGCCAAUGUUACCUGCAUAUUUUCAAUUAUUGUCACAACUGUUGUUCCUUCUCUGUUUUUGGAGAACUUCUCCAUCUUGAGUACACACUUGACAUGGUUGUGCAUCUGUUCAGCAACUGUUGGGACCGUAAAUAUAAUUUUGUAUAUUAUUCUUAAUCCAAAUCCAUCUACUAGAAGAAGUUCUCUUGCUCACAAGGUGGCAAGGUUUAUAAGAUGUUGUGUGUACUUUUUCAUGUCUUGCGUCCUGUUCCAUGGAAUCAUUGUUCUUUAUGGAGCACCAUUACUAGAGUCAGUCUUGGAGACCUUUUUAUUUGCUGUUCUUCUUUCUACCUUUACUGCUUUGCAUUGCUUGUGUUUGCUGGGACCAAAUAUUCACAUAUGGCUCAAAGUGUUCAGUAAAAAUGGGGCUAUGUCCAUCUGGGAUAACAACUUGCAGAUUACCACAAUGUGCAGUGUGGUGGGUGCAUGGCUUGGAGCAUUUCCUAUUCCACUGGAUUGGGAUAGACCAUGGCAGGUGUGGCCCAUCUCCUGCUCGCUUGGAGCCACUUUUGGCUAUGCAUCUGGUCUUCUUAUUGCACCCUUGUGGAUAUACUGGAACAGGAAGCAGCUUACAUACAAAAGCAGAUAACUGGAGCAAAGAGGGAAGGUGUCUUUGUUGUUGUGCUGACUCUGUAAAUACUGUGCAGAGACUGUGGCCAAAAAGCAGAAGCCUAUCCAAACAUCUUCAAAUAUCGUUGGGCUGGCGUUCCUCCUCUUGAAACAUGGCUUGCAUGCUGUGGCAACAUGAAGAGACAUCUGUCGCUUGCCCUAAAUUAUGUUACCCCUGAGAGAUUGUACUUUCCUUCCAGUCUGAAUAAAGUAUUCAUAACA